AUGAUUUUGGCGUCCUCCUCGGGUGACCACUUGGACUGUUUCUUCGCCGGCGACUGGAUUGGAUGGUCCUGGGUGGAGGAGAGUCUUUUCGCAGGCACCGCCGACCGCGGCUGGGGCGGUGGCAGAGGCGCCACGCUGGUGGCAACACUGGACGGCACCGACUCUGACCGAGACACUGAGGCGGGAGAGCUGGUUGACUGGCCGUCGUCCUCGUCAGCCGAUUUGAGCAGCGACGAGAUAUCCACGAUGGGUGAUGAAAUGAGAUGUCGGUUUGUGAAGGAUGGAGAGGGGGUUGUUGCCGGAGGUCAGUGUGCGCUGCCAUACACGAAGAGACGACAAGGACAGAGAGAAGUCGAGGAGGGAUUUUUUUUGGAGAUCAGGCUGAGAAAGCGAGCACAGGCGAGCACGGAGGACUACUAA